CCCCAAGGGCUGGCCCCGCCUUGGUCUUACCUGGGCGCUCCGACUUCCUACCCUGCUGUAGCCCCUGAGACAGAGACAAUAAUGGAAGCCCGAGGAGGGUCUGGGGAAGACUGGCUCCCCCAGAGUCGGGGCCCAGGCCCGUCACUGGCAGCACUACUUAGUGAGCUUCCCAGCUCCACCACAGUGAGAUACAGAGGUCCUGGUGUUCCUCCCUGGGGAGACCGAGAGCCACCUCUGGAGCAGAGUGAGCAGGAGCAGCGGCCGCAGGGGCAAACUGCCCCCCAGACAUCCCCAGAGGAGCCCCCGGAGUCCCAGGCCCCUCGAGAGCUGCCCUGGCCCAUAGAGGCCAAACGGCUUCUGUGGAAGGUUCAAGCAGCUAGGCCAGCAAGGCCAGUGUCAGGCCUUCAAGGAUCCAGGGGGGCCCUGCUACUGAGCCGAGCUUGGGCUCGCUUGGCCAGAGCCCCAAAGAUGCUAGUGCCCUGGAGGACCACACUGACGAAGAUUGGGGGCCAGUAUGGGGGAGGUACUGAGUCCUACUUUGAACUCCUUCGAUUCCUGCUGGGUUUGAACAUUCUGGGGGCCUUAUUCCAAGGACUUCUGACCCUGCUGCCUCUCCUCCUGUUGGGUCCCAUCCCAGGGCCACCCUCACCUGGGGUCCCUAAGCCUUGUGGCCCCUAUAACCCUGUGCCCCAGGGCCUUGUGGAUUACUCCACACACCUCACCAACCUGCUCUCUGGAGAGGGUCACCUGGAGUGGUCCCCCCUCUUCUAUGGUUUCUACCCAGUCCGUCUGACUGGUGGCACCUUCCAGCUGCCAGUCGCCUACCUGUUGUCCACAUUUGUUUCUGGACUUCUCUGCCUUCUCCUGAUCCUCGGAAGGUCGGUGUCAGGACUGAAGCAGACCCUGCUGAGCGAAUCUGGGGCUCUGACCAGCUACAGCCACCGUGUUUUCUCCGCUUGGGACUUCGGACUCCAGGGCACCAGCCGGAUGGAGCUCCGCAGACGAGCGAUACGCUAUGAGCUGCAGGUGGAGCUGGAGGAGGCCUCGGUGAGGAGGCGCGCAGAAGCCCGGACGGGGGCACAGUGGGCCGGCCUGUGGGCCACUAGGACACUGCUCAACCUGCUGGUGCUAGUUCUGCUCGGGGCAGCCUUCUACGGGGUCUACUGGGCCACGGACCCCACCGGGAGUCUGCAGGAAGAUCCUGUGGUCCAGGCAAACCCGAUCCUGAAGCUGCUGGUCGCUUAUCUGCCAUCCAUGUUCAUAUCCACGGCUAACCUUAUCCUUCCUCCUGUCUUCGGCCUUCUCACCAGCCUAGAAGGCUACACGCGGAGCCGCCAGGUCCAGCUCCUCCUUCUCAGGACCGUGUUUCUCCGCCUGGCUUCACUCGCGGUCCUCCUUGCAUCCCUCUGGAGUCAGAUCACCUGUGGGGGCAAGCCCGAGGCUGAGGCCUGCACCACCUGCGGCUACAAUUAUAAGGAACUACCGUGUUGGGAGACUCGGGUAGGGCAGGAGAUGUACAAGCUACUGCUGUUUGACCUGCUGACCUGCCUGGCCAUCCCCCUGCUGGUUCAAUUCCCGCGCAAACUCCUGGGUAGUAUGUGCGGGGGCCCUCUGGGCCGUCUCUUGGGAACCAUGGAGUUCCAGGUCCCUGAGGAGGUGCUGGGGCUGGUGUACGGGCAGACGCUGGUCUGGGUAGGGGGUUUCUACUGCCCCCUCCUGGCGCUGCUCAACACAGCCAAAUUGCUGCUCAUCUUCUACCUAAAGAGGUUUACACUCUUCACCUUCUGCUCUCCGGCCUCUCGCACCUUCCGGGCCUCCACAGCAAACUUCUUCUUCCCGUUGAUGCUGCUCCUGGGCUUGGCCAUCUCGGCUAUCCCCGUGCUGUAUGGCAUUUUUGUGAUCCCACCGUCAAAAUUGUGUGGCCCCUUCCAGGGCCAAGUGAACAUCUGGGCUACCAUAACUAAUGCCAUCGAGGGCCUGUCCCGGGGUGCCCGGGAUUUCCUUUUCUUCCUGGGGACCCUAAGCUUCGCUGUACCUCUGAUGCUGCUGUCGAGCGUCCUGAUGGUCUACACCUUGACACUGGCCAGCUCCUACGGCCGCCUGGUUUCCAAGCUGAAGGGGCAUAUCAAGAUGGAAAGCGAGAGUAAAGUGCUGUUGGCCCAGAGGAUUGUGGCGCUCAGCCGAGAAGAGCGGGACCUGUGACCCGCGCCGCGGAGGUCCCG